UCAGUGAUGCUUAAGAUAUGUUUCACAAUCGAAAAAGCAGAUUUGGUGGACAGUGGACACUCCAUAAGAAUUAAGAGAAUGUGGGGUUGAUGGGUAUGGGGUAAUGUGGUGUGCAGAUAAUUACAGUGCCUUUUUUUUUUCUCUUGAAACAAGGUAAAAGGAUAUCAUUUAAUUCUAUGCAGUAUUGUACCACUGGUCAGACAAAUUCGUUGGGAAAUAUGAAGUCUCCAUUACUCUCUGCCUCAUAAUCCCACUCCCUGCUUCUCCAUAUUCAGAGCCACCAUUAAAACUUAAAAGAGACUCUUUAUAGUUUAUACUUGUCCACUUACUAUUACUGAAUUAUUUUUUUCCCCCACUCUUUUAGAGAGAGUUAUAGGGAGAGGGAGAGGUAGGGGGAUGAAGCUUUAACUGCUUCAGAGAAUGGAGAAAGAAAGGGAUGAAUCUCUUGUGAAUCUUCUAUGCCCACAUAACUGAGUUUGCAGGCAAUUUCUAAUUGACCUUUCCUAUCACAAUGCGUUCAAGGAACUGUUUAUAUUCUAGGGUCUCCCUCUUUUUAGCGACCUAAUUAUCUCCUGUCUCCUGGAGGUUGAAGGCAUCAUCCUGUACUUGUAUUUGAGGGCAUCUGGUUUUCGUUCAUUUUUCUGUGAUUUCAAGAUAGAAAAGCUCUAGCAUUGAUGAGAUUUUGCUUUCCCACAAUGGGUAAUAAGCAAAAGUUUCAGCAACAGUGGGAAUUGAGGAGGAGGGAUGUUAGCCCCUCUGAUUCUUCAACCAAUGAAUCUGAAUCUAGUUCUAGGGAAGAACCUAUUCUAAAGAAGCAUAAACUGAUUUCUGAUUGGGUGUCACUCAAGGCUGAUGAAGGAGGCAGCAUUACUAGAUCUCAGCCAAAGGCAAGAAAUGCUCCAAGUAUGGGAAAUCAUCAUGAGGUUGAGAAAGCUAAGAAAACGGAAAGCAGGCUUUGUAAGAAGGGUCGUCAUGAUAAGAUAAAGGAGAUGCCUUUUUGUGAAGAAGAGAGUAAAAGAAAGAGCCACAGCUGUGCUGAUGAGCCUGUGACACUGGAGGGUACUCGCAUCUUCAUGGAAUCCAUAUUAGAGGAGCUGAGAGUUGCUAGAGAGAACUUGUUGAUAUGGAUGAGGGAGGAGAUGCAUAAAGUGCUGAAUGAUGAGUCUGCUUCAGGGCCAAAUUUGAGUGAAAACAAUUACAAACAGCAGAUAAGUGGGGUGCAGCAUCAGAAUAGCUUUGAGUCAGAUUCUCAAAAUCAGAUUGCAGGAACUGUUGUAGGUUCUACAAAACGGAGAAGGACUGUUAAUUCUCGCAAGCGUAAUGAAUUUCCUGCAGAUCAAUCUGAUUACUGGCAAACCAUUGAAUCCAUGAAUGCGAUUGAAACAGAAAGAGAAGGAAGAAGAGAGCCAUCUGCUAAAGGGUCCUCUUCCUUGUUUAGUGGUGAAGUCGGAUCGACAAGUUUGACUCCAGCUGCUGUAAUACCUGGAGCCUGUAAUGACAGUCUGAGGCUUGAUUCUUCUCCAUGCAGCUAUACUCAGACGAGGAUGGUUGAGAAUAGAAUGGGUUUGGAUACAGUAAAUCCAAUGCUUGAUUCAAGGAUGCAUCAUAGAAGUUUGCUUGGGUCCCAAGAAGAAACUUAUGAAAAUGUUGCCUAUAUGGGCUCUCAGGAUCAAAACAGGUUUACUCCGCCUUCAAGGUUUGGAACCGGAUUCCCUGUUCCACUACUUCAUGGUUUUGGUGCAGCUUUUAAGACCCAGACCCAGGCCAGUUCGCUGAAACAAUCCCAAGUCCAAAGCAGAAAAAUAGUUCUGAGCAUGGAUGGAGUAGGGAUGAGACUUCCAGUUGGAGGAAGCCAUGGUUUACCAGAUUUCCAUGAUUCUAGUGAUCUCCAUUUAGAUUCUAAAGUUAGCGGUGAUGCCUGGACUCCUGGCAAUUCAAUGCCAUGAGAGGCUAUGCAAUAUCAAGAUUUUUGAUAAAAGUUCCAACUGAAACUUUCUUCCCUCUUCAAUUUGUUUUGCUUCAAGCCCAAAAUAUUAUUAUUAGACUAUAAAUGGAGAUCCAACUUUUUGUUUUUC